AGUGACCUGCGCUAAGGGUUCAUGAGCAUCCCUCAGGCCCCCUUUUAAGACGCGCCCCGCUCCUCCCUUUGCCCAAGCCCCGAGGUGGAGGCUUGGUGUGAAUACUCCAGCUGAAGUGAACUGCAUCUGAAGGCCUCUUUCCGGCUCCUGGGCGAGACUGCCCCAGUGAGCUCAGCUUUCAUCUCUGCUUUUUCCCAAGAGGAACAGGAAAUGGCCAAAAUCCAGGAACUACUAACAUUUGAGGAUGUGGCUGUGGAUUUCACCCAUGAGGAGUGGCAGUACUUGAACCCUCCACAGAGGACUCUGUACAGAGAUGUGAUGCUGGAGACCUACAGCAAUCUGGUCUUUGUGGGGAAGCAGGUUACUAAACCAGACCUCAUCCUCAAGUUGGAGGUGGAAGAAUGCCCAGCAGAAGUAAAAAUCCCAGUUUGGAGUUUUCCAGAAGAAGUCUUCCAAGGUGAGGAGCAGUUUGAGAGGCAGCAUCAGGAGGACCAAAAUAAAUGUCUGUUGUUGCAAGUUGGAUUUUUUGACAAGAAAACAAUUACCACAAAAAGUGUCCAUGACUGUAAUGAGUUUGGAAACAUGCUUCAUCUGAAUACAAACUUUGUUGCUUCAAUACAAAAGCCUCUUAAACAUGAAUCGUUUGGAAAUAAUAUGGUAGACAAUUUAGAUUUAUUUAGUAGAAGUGCUGCAGAAAAGAAAUUUGACAACGGAUGUGCUAAAUUAUUCUUCCAUGCUGAGUAUGAGAAAACAAAUCCAGGACUGAAACCCUAUGUAUAUAAAGAGUGUGGGAAAGCCCUCAGGAGAAAGAAAGGCCUUAGUCUACAUCAAAGGAUUAAAAAUGGAGAGAAACCCUUUGAAUGUACUGCAUGUAGGAAAACCUUUAGCAAGAAGUCGCACCUCAUUGUACAUUGGAGAACUCAUACAGGAGAGAAACCUUUUGGAUGUACUGAAUGUGGAAAAGCCUUUAGCCAAAAAUCUCAGCUCAUUAUACACCUAAGAACUCAUACAGGAGAGAGACCCUUUGAAUGUCCUGAAUGUGGAAAAGCCUUCAGAGAAAAAUCAACUGUCAUCAUACAUUACAGGACUCACACAGGUGAGAAACCUUAUGAAUGUAAUGAAUGUGGAAAAGCCUUCACUCAGAAGUCAAACCUCAUUGUCCAUCAGAAAACUCAUACAGGAGAGAAAACAUAUGAAUGCACUAAAUGUGGGGAAUCAUUCAUACAGAAGCUUGAUCUAAUUAUACAUCAUAGUACUCAUACAGGAAAGAAACCCCAUGAAUGUAAUGAGUGUAAGAAAACUUUCAGUGAUAAGUCAACUCUUAUUAUCCAUCAGAGGACUCAUACGGGAGAGAAACCUCAUAAAUGUACUGAAUGUGGGAAGUCCUUUAAUGAGAAGUCAACCCUCAUUGUGCAUCAAAGAACUCAUACAGGAGAGAAACCCUAUGAAUGUGAUGUAUGUGGAAAAACCUUUACCCAAAAGUCAAACCUUGGUGUACAUCAAAGAACUCACUCAGGAGAGAAACCCUUUGAAUGUAAUGAAUGCGAGAAAGCCUUCUCUCAGAAAUCCUAUCUCAUGCUACAUCAGAGAGGCCAUACAGGAGAGAAACCUUAUGAGUGCAAUGAAUGUGAAAAAGCAUUUUCGCAGAAAUCGUAUCUCAUUAUACAUCAAAGAACUCAUACAGAAGAAAAACCCUAUAAAUGUAAUGAAUGUGGCAAAGCCUUCAGAGAAAAGUCAAAGCUCAUUAUACAUCAGAGAAUUCACACAGGAGAGAAACCCUAUGAAUGUCCUGUGUGUUGGAAAGCUUUUAGCCAGAAGUCACAGCUCAUAAUACAUCAGAGAACGCACACAGGAGAGAAACCCUAUGCAUGCACUGAGUGUGGCAAGGCCUUCAGAGAAAAAUCAACAUUCACUGUACAUCAAAGAACUCAUACUGGAGAGAAACCCUAUAAGUGUACAGAAUGUGGGAAAGCCUUUACACAAAAAUCAAACCUUAUUGUACAUCAGAGAACCCAUACAGGAAAGAAAGCCCAUGGAAGAGGCCACACCCGAAAGUCAAAACUCACUGCACAUUAGGCAGUUCAUCAGCAGUGUCUGUAACAUACACUGAAGGAAAGUUGUGUCAGUUUCAUUAACGUUGUAAAAGUAUGUUCUGACUUCUGGUUUAAAUAUGAGAGUAAAGCCAGCCUUUCUUUUUUUCAUCACAGUCUUGACCCAAAAACUACAGGAGAAAAAAAGUGUAAUCUCUGUAUCUGGUAAUAUUAGGAGACAGCUGAAACCCUGAUGAGAAGCCUGCCAGAGGCAGGGGAAAUCAAGCACUGGUACAGGAUAUUUCAGAAAGAGAGAGUACUCAAGCCUGCAGAUUCGAGAGCACUGGUAAGGACUCUUAGCUGAGGUUCAGGAUACACCCUAAGGUGUAGAACCUUAAGUAGAUUUUUAAAAAUGGUAACAGUGUGGGGGCAGGUAGGAGGUAGGAUGUUUCCUAGACCAUUGGGUCUAGGAGAAACAGGCAAGGGCCUUGACAAGGAACCAGACAAGCCAUAUUUGCAGUAGUUUAUACUGAUGGGAGCAACAGUUUUGGGGACACUGGGAAGAGAAGGAACUUUUCCUUGUGAAGAGCCCUACAACCGCCCCUAUCUACUGACUUGGGAGAUGUACAGUCUGAAAAAGCUAACAAAUGCAGGGGAAAAAAAUCUCAGUUGUUAAAAAAACUGUUCUACCUAGAAUGUCCCAGUUUCUUCCCCCACAUGAACCUCCAGCAAAUAGCAAGUUUAGGAAAAACUCUUCUCAUUCAAAUAAGAAUGAUUCAGAAGUAAUCGUAACCACAAACCCAUGUGGUUUUUGAGCCAGCACUUCUACUUCUAGGAAUGUAUAUACUCAUAGUGUACAGAGUGAUGAUCAUAUGGAGGUACUCAUUGACACACUGUUGUGAAAACAAAAGAUUGGAAGCUGUCAAAAUGACACCACCAGGGUUCUGGUUCUCUAAGUUGUAGUAUAUUCAUACAGCAUACUCCUAGGUAGACAAAAAUGAAUAUAUAAAGAGAACUUGGAUACCAUUCAUGUAGUGAUGUGGAUAAUCUCCAGGUUACAUUAUUAGGAAAAGCAAGGUGCAGGAUAGUGAGUACAGUAUGCUACCAUUUGUAUAUAAUAAGGAGAAAAAUGGUAAGUACAUAAUUGAUUGUAUAUGCAUAAGUCAUCUCUAGAAAGAGAUAUAAGAAGCUGGUAAUCCUGAUUGCCUCGGGGAAGGGGGAAGGGCAGCAGUGGCUGGGGGAUGGAAUUGGGAGGGAGACGUGUGUAUCCUUUCACAGCUUUUGAAAAUUGUACUAUGUGGAUGUACUACCUUUUCAAAAAAUAAAUGAAACAUUAAAAAAA